ACUCCCGGCAUGCACGUUUCAGGUCCAAUUAUUGCUAAUGGCGGGUUUUUGUACGAAACAUGCGCGUUUUAAGCUUUUGCACUUGUUUUAUUUGCACUACUGAUGUACCGCAAAUUAGAAGUCACUCGGUUUGUUUAUUAAGUUUGAUUUCGGAGGGAAAACAACGCCAGAAGUGAAGUAAAUACGAGUUAAAGAUUCUGUAACUAUCAUGAGGCAGCUCUUUUUACUACUGUAACUGAACUACACAGAGGCAGCUUUUGUUUGAAUGUGAACUUUAUCUUUAGAGUUUAACCACGUUUAAAGGUGGUUUACGUAGUUUUAAAAUACUUGGACGGUGGCCAAAAGAGCACAUUUUAUUGUGUGCACCGUUAAAUAAAGGAAAUCUGAGAAGGCGCUGAGCGGAAAUGACUUCUUCAAAAUGUUCCUUAUCAAUAAUAUUUCUGUUAUUGAUCCCUGUUGUACAAGUACAAGGCAGCUCCAAGUUAAACAUCCCCAAAGUGUUAUUGCCAUUAGCCAGAAGUACAAGGAUUAUCUUUACUCUUGAAACCACGGAGGGCUGCUACAGAUGGACUUCAACCAGACCAGAAGUAGCAAGUAUUCGUGCUGUGGAAGAAGACACAAGUCGAGGGUGCUCCAGGAAAGCUCUUCUUCAAGCCAUGUCCACUCAGCCCUCCAGACUGACGAGCAUCAUUUUGGCUGAAGACGUUGUCACAGGACAGGUGCUUCGUUGCGACGCCAUCGUGGACGUCAUCAACGAAAUCCAGAUCGUCUCGACAACCAGAGAGUUGCACCUGGAGGACUCCCCGCUGGCUCUUAGGAUUCAUGCACUGGAUUCAGAAGGAAACACCUUCAGCACUCUGGCAGGUCUAGUUUUCGAUUGGACUUUGGUGAAGGACGUGGGAACAAACGGUUUUUCAGAUUCAUACAAUUCACUAAGGGUGCUCAAGUUCUCAGAGUCCACCUACACUCCCCCCGGGUACAUAUCAGAAAUGGAGCGCGUUGGAAAGCAGGGUGACAUAAUCCUCGUGUCAGGACUGAAAACGGGACACGCCCAACUCAAAGCCAAAAUACAGGAGUCACUGUACAAGGAUGUGGGCGCUGCAGAAGUGAGACUGUUGAUUCUGGAGAACAUCAUGCUGAGCCCCGCCUAUGACGUGUACCUGCUGGUGGGGACUUCCAUUCGAUAUAAAGUCCUGAAAAUACGCCAGGGGACUAUUACCGAGCUGGUAAUGCCAUGUGAUCAAUACGAGCUGCAUCUUGAGAACAGCGUGGUUGGGUCCAAUGGAAAUCCUGACCUUGCCGUGGCCAGUCUGGAUCAAAGCAGCUCGAAAGUUACCGCAGUUCAGCUCGGCCAUAUCAAUGUGGUGCUAGAUCAUAAGAGUCUUCGGAUGCAGGGAGUGUCUCGUUUACCCAACAGCACCUUGUAUGUGGUUGAACCUGGAUACUUAGGCUUUAAAAUUCACCCCGGAGACACUUGGGUCCUGGAAACCGGACGAGUUUACGACAUUACAAUUGAAGUGUUUGAUAAGACGGGGAACAGAAUUCACCUUUCUGAUAACGUCCGUAUUGACGCCGUGUUCCCCGCGGAGUACUUUGAAACCCUGGACUCCUCGCUGAACGGAUCGUACCACAGAGUGAAAGCCCUCAGUGACGGCCUGACUCUGAUCGAUGCCACUUUAACUUCUGUUGUCGGAGAAAAUGGCAAGAUUUUCACGCUCUCCAACCCGGUCCACAAUGAGCAAGACGUCGAAAUCUAUAACCCCAUAGUUUUGCGUCCCAGUAUUCUCACGUUUCCAUGGCAGCCGAAGAUUGGAGCGUAUCAGUACACCAUACAGGCCUCCGGAGGCAGCGGCAAUUUCAGCUGGUCCUCGUCCAACAAGGCCGUGGCGACAGUGACGGUGAAAGGGCUGAUGACGACGGUCAGCGACAUCGGCCUGAGCGUGGUUUAUGCUCACGAUCUACGGAACCCGCUGUAUUUUGGCCAGAUGAAGGUGUACGUGGUGGAGCCGGUUGCCAUGGAUUUUGCUCCGUGCGCCGUAGAGGCCAGGAUCGAGCAGGUUCUUGAGCUCCCCCUCAGGAUCUUUGGGCUGCUGGAGGAGAUGGAGCAGUAUCAAGUGAUGCUGAGUGACUGCUCCCACUUUGACCUGCAGGUGGAGGAGGAAAACCAGGGAGUCUUUGAGCUGCUCGACGGGAGACUGGCCCCGGGUCAGGACCACUGCAGCGGCGUGAGGGUGAAGGCUGUUACCGCGGGUUACACCACGCUCACGGUCAGCUACACUCACGGCAACGUCCACCUGAGCGCCAAGAUCACCAUCGCUGCAUACCUCCCGUUAAAGGCCGUAGACCCCGUGUCUGUGGCGGUUGUGACUCUCGGCUCGUCUAAGGACAUGCUCUUUGUGGGGGGACCGUGGCCUUGGGUUUUGGAGCCGUCAAAGUUCUUCUGUAACUUGACUUCUGAGGAUGAGGCGUCCGUCAGUCUGUCUCACAUCGGCCCGCCGUCCUCCAGCUCCAAACAGCACCGGGUCAGAGUCACAUGCAGAGCCCUCGGAGAACAGGUGCUGCAGGUGAUGGUGGGGAACAGAGCUAGCGUGACUAAUCCUUUCCCUGCGGUGGAGCCAGCCGUGGUGAAGUUUGUGUGCGCUCCUCCAUCGCGACUCACUCUGGUCCCGGUUUACGACAGUCCGCAGCUCGACUUCACCUGCCCUUUGCUCCAACAGAACAAACAAGUGGUGCCUGUUUCCAACUACCGAAACCCAAUUUUGGAGCUCGCUGCUUUUGAUCAUCAAGGAAGAAAGUUCGAUAACUUCAGUUCGUUAAGUCUGUUUUGGGAAUCUACAAAAGUUUCACUGGCCAGUAUCGAGCCCACGAAGCCCAUGGAGCUGCAGCUCAUCGAGGACGACAACAAUCAAAAGAAACUUCAUGGACAUCAGACCGUCCUCGUCCACCAUCAAACCGGAAUAGCUGCGAUUACAGUGACCGCGAUGGGCUACCAAGUUUCACACCUCGCAGCAGCUAAAGUCUCUAGCCCUUACGAGCCCCUGACCCCCGUCUCUGCAACUCUGGAGCUGCUGUUGGUGGAAGAUGUCAGAGUUACUCCCACCGCCGUGACGAUCUAUAACCACCCCGAAGUGCGGGUGAAUCUCGCCUUGCUGGAGGGGUCCGGGCACUUCUUUGUGAACACGAGCAUUAAAGGAAUUGCAGCCGUCACAUUUCAGGAAGUGAAAAAAACAGCUGAGGUGGCUCCACUUCACUCUGGGAUCGUGAAGGUGAUGGUUCAUGAUCUUUGUUUAGCGUUUCCAGCUCCGGCGAAGUCUACGGUUCACGUGUCGGACAUUUUGGAGAUUUACAUCAGAGUAGUGGACAAGGUGGAGAUCGGUAAAUCCGUCAGAGCCUACGUGAGGGUACUGGACGAGAACAGGAUGCCCUUCCCUGUUAGUUAUUUCAAAUAUAUGGGUCUGAAACUCAAAGCCGCUUCGCAAGUCGUCGCCUUAAAGCAUUUAGCAGAAUCUUCAGAAAAAGACACGGCCGUUUUCCUCGUAAAAGGCGUCGCGAUCGGGCAAACCACACUGACGGCUGCGGUCGUGGACAGAAAUGAAAGGAAAAUUACAUCUGCGCCGCAACGGAUUGAGGUUUUUCCACCGUUCAAACUCAUCCCAAAACGGAUGACUUUGCUGAUUGGAGCGAUGAUGCAGAUCACGUCUGAGGGAGGUCCGCAGCCUCAGUCCAACAUCAUUUUCUCCGUUUCCAAAGAGGAGGUGGCUUCUGUCAGUGCGAUCGGUCACGUCAAAGGCGCCGCUGUCGGCAACGUCACCGUAACUGGACUGGUUCAAGCUGUCGACGCUGAAACUGGGAAGCUUGUAGUUGUGUCUCAGGACCAAGUAGAAGUCGAGGUCGUGUAUCUGACGGCGAUUCGAAUCAAAGCACCAAUUACGAGGAUGAAGACAGGAGCACAGAUGCCUGUUUAUGUGAUCGGUUUGACCAGCAGUCAGACUCCUUUCACCUUCGCUAACGCUGCACCGGGCCUCACUUUUCACUGGUCCACCACCAAGAGAGACAUCCUGGACGUUCAGACAAGACACUCCGAGACUAAUGUGGAGCUUCAGGCAGAGCAUAAUUUUGGAAUGAGAGUGACUGGGAAAACCCAAGGAAGGACCGGACUCAAGGUGGUUCUGAGGGUGAAGGAUCGUGCAGCGGGACAAAUCACGAACGGCCUUUAUGAGCUUAAAGACGAGACUCAGAUACAGGUUUACGACAAGCUCCGAAUGCUCAACCCUGAAGUCGAGACUGGGCAAAUACUGAUGGCACCAAACUCUGCUCUCAAGCUACAAACCAACAGAGACGGGAUGGGCCUGCUCUCCUACCAGAUGCUAGAUUUCCCUGACCAGGUUGUUAUUGCACAAGUGGAUGAUAAUGGCUUCCUCAGCUCCAGCUCGCUCACUGGCAUCUCCUCUCUGCUGAUCACCUCACAAGAGACCUUCGGUGUCAAUCAAACCAUCAUUCUGGCUGUCAAGGUGCUUCCUGUGUCUUACGUCCAGUUCAUUAGCAGCCCAGUCCUGCUCUCGUCCCCCAGAGACAAACUGCGAGCGUUUCCUUUGGGGAUGGUCCUCACCUUCACCGUCCAGUUUCACUCCACCAGCGGGGACCCUCUCCACAGCUCCAACUCCCGCCUCACCUUCACCACAAACAGAGAAGACCUGGUGCAGAUGGGCUUCGGUGCUGAUAAUCACACUGUGACCGUGAGGACAGUGAACGUGGGGCUGACGCUGCUCGCCGUGUGGGACAGCGAGAAUCCGGGCGUGGCUGACUUCAUCCCUCUGCCCGUGGAGCACGCCAUCUUCCCCGACGACGCCACCAGGCUCAUAGUGGGAGAUGUGGUCUGCUUCAGUGUCCCUCCUCUCAGCCCAGAUGGUAUCCAGGGCACAUGGAGCUCCUCUGCUAAUGGAGUGCUUCAGGUGGAUCCUAAGAGCGGAGCAGCUGUGGCCCGAGACGCUGGGACUGUGACCGUGUACUAUGAGAUACCUGGAUUAGUGAAAACGUACAGAGAGGUGGUGGUAGAAGCUUCCGUCAGAACCACGGCUCAGGCUCAGGCCACACCUUUGAGAAGUGGAGAGGAGACAAAAGUUUACAUUUCAACCCGAGAAAGAGGAACCAACCUUAUCGGCACGUGUUCCUCAGCCCAGGCUGAAGCCAUCCAUGCACUUCGCCCUGAGACGUCUGUGAGCUGCCUCUUGAGUUUCACCAGUGACGCUGUCGGCUUCUCUCCAAACGAUGUUUUCAGAACGCACACCAACUUCGACUGUAACACAGGCUUGUACGCUUGUUCCCUGACCUUGCAGUCUCUGUCGGAGCAGCAGACGCGUGCGCUCAGCAUGUCCCUGACGAAUGUGCUGGUCAAAGCCGGGCUGGAGGGCAGUGCGUUCUCCGGGGAGCAGGUCAGCGCGCGGUUACCUGUGGAGCCGGGUCUCUAUUCCGACCAGAGCGAGCUGCUGCUGUCCAACCUCCAUCCCUCUGCGGAGCUCACGGUCUACGGGCCCACCGCUGCCCUCUCUGGUGUGGAGGCCGCAUCUACAUCUCCAGACAUUUCCGUGCAGGAGUUGGAGGUGCAUCACGACUUCCCCAGUUUCAUAAAGUACUCCGUCUCCGUGGCAGAAUCCAGAGCUUCAGUCUCAGCUUCCGUCUCCAUCAGCUCCUCGUCUGGACAGCGCCUCCUCGUCCCCGUCACUGUGAUGCAUGUGACCGACCCCAGCGCUGCUAAACAAGCAGCUGCCGCUCCUCUCGGGAGUUUGGACGGAGGCUCGGCUCUGCACAGCUUCAUCAACAGCUACCAGACGAUGUUCUUCACCCUGUUCGCUCUGCUCGCCGGUUCCGCCAUCGCCAUCAUCGUUCUCCACACUUUGUUUUCACCAAGAGAACCGCCGUACCAUCCAGCCUUUAUCCAGAGAACUCCACCAGUAAUGGGUUUGAACUCCUCUGGGACAAACUCCUUCAAUAAUUCAAUCCCGAGAAUGGACAUGUCCAGGAGUCCCAGGUCGCGCCUCUUUUCUCCCGAUUACAAGUCGUGAUGCAGCCUUCGGCAUGGGGGGGGCGCCGUUGAGCCUGCGAUGCUUUUGUUUGUGCCUCAAAAUCUCAGGAGAAGUGCUCUGUGGCGUGAGACUGAACAAAGUGAAUGUCAUGCUAACAAAGCUUGGUACAUAUGCAAAUAACGUAUACUCGCGUGUAAUGUUGCUAUUAAGAGGUUUGAGAUCUGAUAAAAUGAUAAUAGGACUGACUACUUCUGCUUAUUUUGAGUGGCGUGCUGCAUCCUCUUCUGUAUUUUGCUCAUGAGUUCAACAAAGGACUGUAUAUGUAAAUGGACAGAGCUAACACGCUAGCUGCCACGUUCAAAACAGGAAGUGAGCAUGAGCGAGCUCUCAGCUACAUCGACUCUGGCUCCGGUUCACUUUACAUCGAAAAAUUGUCUUUAAAUGUUCGUAUUAACCCGCUCUGCAUGAUCCUGGUGUUUUUAUUUCGCUGUUGUGUCCGUGAUUCAAGAUACGAACAUUAAUAACAGACAAAUCAGGCACCGUCAUUCCCGGAUGUUGUGCCUGCUAGCGUUAGCAACAGGUUUUGAUUAAAUGCGUUGCUAAGUGCCCGCUCCCUGCUAAAACAGUGGUGCUGGCGGGAAAGGGCGUUACUUUUAACAGCCUUGCUCCGGAUUGGCUCUUUGGUUGCUAUGACACUCGCAGUCGGAAUUCCAAAUAUGGAAUUCUACUCCAAAUUAGCCGCUAUAACUACUAGCCUCGAUUAGCUUUACGCUGUCACAUUCACUUCGUCCACUUCUUUAUACAGUCUGAGUUGAACAUGUUAAUACAGAGCAGUAUUAAUUUUAUUUUAAUGCUGAGAAACAAUCACUAUUUUUGCUUCGAGUGGCUGCUUUUGUUUUUUUUUUGUUUUUUUUUUUGUUUUUUUACGUUUUCAGAUGUGAACUUUGGGUGAGAAAAACCACAAUCUUCUGUGACUUUAGCAAACUUUACCUCUUUAUUUAUUAGGAACCAUGUCCGAAGCUAAAACGUCCAAUUAAAGCUGCACUAAGUAGCUUUCUGAUUGAAGCUCUGGCACUUCUUGGAGAUACUUCUUUCCCGGGAAUGUCCCACAGUAUGGCAUUAGCGAUCUACUUUGGAUCUAUUCAAUUGCAGGUGUUUGAACGGCUCCUAAAACGACCUCUCCAGAGAUCUGACUUGUAACUCGGCCUAACAACGUCACCUGCUUGUUGAAUAAGUUUUUAAUGGCACACUGUGGAACAUUACACACGGAGAAAUCACAUCUCGGCGGACACGAGCAGCAGAAAAGUUACGUAGUGCAGCUUUAACAAAACGCAUUGUGACAAAUCCUACAAAUGUGCAGAAAUGAGAUAAAAUACUGGAUUUUUUUUUCAGUUUUGGGGGCAUUUGAAACAGCAUCACUGAAUUUAAUUAUAAACUGACUGAUUAACCAAUGUGAACCAGUUGGCAUGUGAACCGUAAGAUUUUACCUGGACUUUUUUUGUUGUUGUUUUUUUUUCUUUUCAAAGCUGUUUUAUGUAAUGUGGUUCUGUAAUAUGCAAAGAAGUCCAGGGAUCGAUUACUGUAGCACUGAAUCACAGGAGCCUUGUGACUUAUCUUUCAAUGACUGCAUUUUGUGAUUGCCAUUUGGAUUAUAAUUUGUUUGAAAAAAUAUAUAUUUAUAUGCAUUCGAUUGGGAAGAUGAAGAUAUAUUUUGUUUCUUUCACGAUCAGCCAUGUGUACAGCUUAUACCUGUUUGCUUGUUUGUAUAAACUAUUACUUUUCCUAAUUAAAAGUUUUUAUUCUUUA